AUGUCGGACUCUAGUCACAGAAGAGCCCCUCUCACACUCGAUUUCAUCAUCGUUGGUGGUGGUAUUGCUGGACUCGCUACCGCUCAUGCUCUCUGCUCCUCUGGUCAUCGCGUGCACGUCUACGAGAAGGAGCGAGGUACAAGCGACUACUCUGCUGGCGUCCGUAUACCUCCAAAUGGGAUGCUAGUAUUGAUGAAAUGGGGCGUCGCGGAUAAGAUCAAGGAAAAGAGCGUGAAGUGCACGUCGACAGAGUUCGUCGAAAUGGAUAGCGGGGAGCGCAUCGGCAUCUUGGAAUGGAGGGAGGAAGUCAUGAAGGAGCUCGGGGCGCCAUUUUACCUGAUUGCUCACUCCGAACUCCACACCAUCCUCCGCGAACUUGCCAUCUCGUCAGGUGCUCACCUCCAUUUCAACACUCCCGUCGCCAGCGAGAGGCCUUCCGUGACACUCGCUGAUGGCCAAGUCGUCUAUGCGGACAUUAUCAUUGGUGCGGACGGCGCAAGGAGCAUCGUCCGACCUGUAGUCGUCGAAGACGAUACACCAGAAGCUCCGUCUCAGAUGACAAUAUACACCGGCACGAUACCCAUCGCCACAAUGGAAACGGACCCGGACAUGAGAUCGAUUGUCCACGAUAUUGGCCAUCCACAUUGGUUGGGAAAUGGUUGUCUCGCAAUGAGUACGUAUCUGCGCUCCGGAAAAGAAUAUACUGCCAGCUUCUGGACGCCUGAACCGAUACCUAAAGGAGCGCCACAAGGGUGGGACACACCUGUAUCCUCUGCCAGCCUCAAAUACGCCAAGAUAGAGCCUCGGAUGGCGCAACUAUUGGCUCAUAUGCCUACAUUAACCCGGGUCGCUAGAGUCGAGAAGGAACGUGCAGAAUCAUUCAUAGACGACACGGAACGAAUUGUUCUCGUCGGCGAGGCAGCAUACCCUAAGGGGCCUUGCGGUAUGCCAGUCAUAAGCGCUGUCAUCGAAGACGCGGCGGUGCUCGGUGUCCUCCUUUCCCGACUCCGAGACCAUAGCCAGAUCCCAUCGCUACUGUAUGGGUACCAGGACCUCCGUCAACCACGUUUAAACACUAUCCUGGACCUCGAAGGCGCAAACCACUUCCUGCUCAUGCUUCCUCCUGGCCAAGACCGCGACCUCCGAAACGAAGCGUGGAAACGGUGGAAGGCAGCAGCGGAGGCCAGGGGAGACGCGGAGAUCGAGGAGGGAGAGCUGGAGAAGCAGUUUGCUGAUGUUUGUGAGGUGUGGGGCUACGACGCGAUCGAUGCGGCGGAAGACUGGUGGGUCCAUUGGGGGAUGUUGAGGGAGAGGGCGUCUGGGCUGGGCGGUGGUGGCGUGUUGGACGGAACGGUGUGUGUGCGCGUUGAGGGCGAUUUAUGA